UACGAAGGGAGAUAACUCUUAUAUUACUUCUUUGAACAUGGCGGCUACGGUAUUGAGAAACCUGGUCCGGGUCAGUGUUAUUCCCAAUUACUCGAUAAUCAGACAUUCUUGUUCACGUUUAUUCUCUAGUAAUGCACGAACAUCGUUUGCUGUCAUUUACGAACAGAAUGGAGAUCCUAAAACGGUAUUGAAAAGUAAGGAGCAUCCAUUGCCCUCUAAAAUCAAGGACAACGAAAUUUUGGUGAAAAUGUUGAUGUCACCUAUUAACCCAGCGGACAUCAAUAUGAUUGAAGGAACGUACAUGAUAAAGCCACCACUUCCUGCUAUCGCUGGAAAUGAAGGUGUCGGUGAGGUGGUGGAAACCGGUGAUAACGUUAAAAAGUUUAAACCUGGAGACUGGAUCCUCCCUCUGAAAACAGGUUCUGGUACAUGGCAAACACAUGCAGUCUACAGUGAAUCCGACGUACAGAAGAUCCCGAACGACAUCCCGCCCUUAGUAGCAGCUACCAUCGCUGUUAAUCCUUGUACUGCUUAUAGAAUGAUGAAAGAUUUCGUCAAACUUGAACCUGGCGACGUGAUUAUUCAAAAUGGUGCUAACAGUGGAGUUGGUCAAGCUGUUAUUCAGUUGGCUUCCGCAUGGGGGCUUCGGACCGUCAACAUAGUUCGAACGAGACCUGACAUCGAUGCACUAACUGCGGACCUGAAAUCACAAGGUGCUACCCAUGUUGUCACUGAGGAAUUCUGUCGUACCCCUGAUAUGAAAACUUUGAUUAAGGAUCUUGGCAAAGCACCGAAAUUGGGCUUUAACUGCGUUGGCGGAAAAGCGGCCACCGAACUACUUCGAAACCUCGCCCCUAACGGUUACAUGGUUACCUAUGGAGGUAUGUCUAAACAACCAGUUACUGUUCCUACUGGGGUGUUUAUUUUUAAAUCCUUAAAGCUGGUUGGUUUUUGGAUGAGCCAGUGGAAUACUGACAAUUUCAACACACCCCAGAAAACCGAAAUGAUGCUAGACCUUUGUCAUCUGGCACGCCAGUCUAAACUAUUAGCGCCAAUUUCUGACCUGGUUCCUAUCACAUCCUUUGAUAAAGCAAUUGCUGAGGCACUCAGGGGAUUUAGCAAGAAACAAAUUCUGGUUAUGGAUAAAACUUUAUUGUGAUCUAAAUAGCUUAAUGGAAGGACCAAUAUAUUUUUAAGACUUGCGUAAAACUUUUCUUUUAAUUAAAACACUGAAUGCUAUAACAAUUAACUCGUGCAAUUAAUGCAAUAGGUAAAGCUUUAAACAUUUUAAAAAUAUACUGUACAUAUAUAAAUAUCUUUGCACAAUAUAUAUUUGUGAAAAUA